AUGAAGUUUACCCUCCUUGUUUCAGGAGCCUUGGCUCUUCUGGGGAUCGGCGAGGCGAUGGCCGCCCCGAGCCCUGCACUGGUCAAAAGAACGGCCCGCACAAGCACCCCUACCGGAUGCUUGACGGUUCGGGGAUCAGGGACUAAGAGUGGUGAGUAUUCAACCAUGACCGCUGCUCUUGCUGCCUUGGGUUCCGGAUCUGCAUCUGCAUGCAUCUUCGUGUACAGCGGUACAUAUAACGAAGCAUUCCGCAUCGCAUACAAUGGUCCAUUGAUUCUGUAUGGUUAUACUGCCGAUACCGGCACAUACAAGUCCAAUGUAGUCACCUUCCAGCGUAGUAUGAGUUCGACGGAUGCUGGCAACCUUGAUGCCUCUUCAGUGGCCAACAUUGUAAGCGCCAACUUCAAGGCCUACAACAUCAACUUCAAGAACACCUAUGGCUCCGGGUCCCAAGCCGUUGCUGUAACAGCCAAUGGCGACAAGCAGGGCUUCUACGGGUGCGGAUUCUACGGUUAUCAGGAUACUCUCUAUGCCAAAAAUGGCAAGCAGUACUAUUCCAAUUGCUACAUGGAGGGGGCCGUUGAUUAUAUCUUUGGAAACGCUGCUGCUUGGUUUGGCGAAUGCACUAUUGCAAGCAAUGGCGGCGGCGCCAUCACUGCUACUUCACGAGAAGAUCCAGCUGAUGCUUCCCGCUACGUCUUCGACCACAGCACUGUUACCGCUGCCUCUGGGGCUAGUGUCGUUGGGAAGGUGUACCUCGGCCGACCGUGGAGAGUUUUGUCUCGCGUCAUGUUCCAAAACUCUGUGCUAACAAACGUCGUGAAUGCAAAGGGCUGGACUACCAUGGCGGACGGAGCGACCCCGAUCUAUACCGAGUACAACAACAGUGGUGCGGGAAGCGAUACCUCGUCUAGACAAUUUUUGACCGCGUCCUCGGCUGCGAUUAGCAAAGAGACUGUGUGGGGCAGCGAUUGGAAAACUUGGGUCGACACAUCCUACUAG